AUGGACGACCCCCAUCCAGCGCGGGAAGCGCAAACAGAACGUCAUCACUCCGAGCAAAGUAACUACCACACAUCCGGGGUCGAGACAGAAGCACAUGCUCAAGAAUCGCAUGUCACGCAGUCUGAUUUGACCGCGGAGCCCUCCAGCCCUCUGGAUUCGGAAGAGACUCAGCUUGAGCAAGCUCACAAUCAUGAGGUCGCCGAGCCGCUCACCUCCGCCUCAACCGCCAGUUCGCGCGAGAGCGGGGAGGGCCGUUGGGGCGAGCACGAUGCCGGCGAGCCCGUCUCGCGGUCCAAGGCGAUGGAGGAUCUGGAGGAAAUGCGCCGUGAAUUGACUCUACACCGCACCCGAUCCGCCGCCGCCAGGAGCACGAAGAGUGCCCGUCGCUGGAAAUCACAGGCGAGUCGCCAUGAUGAGGAAAAAGGCGACGAAGAUGAGUCCUCCACCGAGGCGGAGAGCAAUUUUGACUUGAGUGAUUUCCUGGUGAGUGGCCACUUGGAACGCCGCACUACGGCUGGUGAGCCCGCGAAACGAGUGGGCGUUGUCUUCAAGAACUUGACCGUACAGGGAGUGCAGACUGGCGCUACCUUCGUGCGCACCCUGCCCCAGGCGGUCAUAGGAACAUUCGGUCCUGAUCUGUAUAAAAUUGUGUGUCAAUUUGUGCCGCAGUUGCGGUUUGGCAAGAAGCCGCCCAUCCGGAACCUGAUCAGUGACUUCAAUGGCACGGUGCGCGAAGGCGAGAUGAUGCUGGUGCUGGGUCGCCCGGGGGCUGGAUGUUCCACCUUCCUCAAGGCCAUAGCUAAUGACCGUUCUUCCUUUGCGGGCGUCCUGGGUGAGGUCAGCUAUGGUGGGAUCUCCGCGGAAGAGCAGAACAAGCACUUCCGUGGUGAAGUCAACUAUAACCCGGAGGAUGAUCAGCACUUCCCCGCCCUCACCGUUUGGCAGACUCUCAAGUUCUCUCUCAUGAACAAGACCCGGAAGCAUGACCGGGCGAGUAUUCCGAUCAUCAUCGAUGCUCUUCUGAAGAUGUUCGGCAUCGGCCACACCAGGAAUACUCUGGUCGGGAACGAAUAUGUUCGUGGUGUGUCCGGUGGUGAGCGGAAACGUGUGAGCAUCGCUGAGACUCUGGCGACCAAGUCCACCGUGGUCUGCUGGGACAACUCGACCCGUGGUCUGGAUGCCAGUACUGCUCUCGACUAUGCCAAGUCUUUGCGUAUCAUGACGGAUGUCAGCAAGCGUACCACUCUGGUCACUCUUUACCAAGCCGGAGAAAGUAUUUAUGAGCUGAUGGAUAAGGUCUUGGUGAUUGAUGCCGGGCGUAUGCUGUAUCAAGGCCCUGCCAACGAGGCUCGCCAGUACUUUGUUGAUCUCGGAUUCCACUGCCCAGCGCAGUCAACCACUGCUGAUUUCUUGACUUCGCUCUGCGAUCCCAAUGCCCGUGAAUUCCAGCCUGGUCGCGAGGCUUCGACCCCGAAGACCGCAGAAGAGCUGGAGAAGGUUUUCAAGAACAGUGUCGCCUACAGGCGCAUCUUGGAUGACGUCGCUCAAUACGAGCAGCGCCUCGAUGAGACCGGCCGAGAAGAUACUGAGCGCUUCCAGAAGACCGUGGCGCAAUCGAAGAGCAAGACAGUUUCCAAGAAGUCUCCGUACACCGUGUCUCUGGCGAAACAGGUUGCUGCCUGUGUUCGCCGCGAAUUCUGGUUGAUGUGGGGCGACAAGACCUCACUUUACACGAAAUACUUCAUCAUCGUGUCCAACUCUCUAAUCGUCUCGUCUCUGUUCUACGGUGAAUCUUUGGAUACCAGCGGCGCCUUCCCGCGUGGCGGUGCCCUCUUCUUUGCUAUUCUGUUCCUCGGUUGGUUGCAAUUGACUGAGCUGAUGCCGGCUGUUUCUGGUCGAACUAUCGUUCAGCGACAUAAGGGUUAUGCUUUCUACCGUCCGUCUGCGGUCUCAAUCGCCCGGGUGGUGGUGGAUUUUCCGGCUAUCUUCUGUAUGGUUGUUCCGUUCAGUGUUGUCGUAUACUUCAUGACGGGCUUGGACGUUACGGUCUCGAAGUUCUUCAUCUUCUUCCUGUUCGUUUACACCAAUACGUUCGCGAUCACUUCGCUUUACCGCAUGUUCGCCUCGCUCUCUCCGACAAUCGACGACGCUGUCCGGUUUUCUGGAAUUGCCCUCAACUUGCUGGUUAUCUUCGUCGGUUAUGUGAUUCCUAAGCCGUCCUUGAUUCACCAUUCGAUAUGGUUCGGAUGGAUUUUCUAUAUCAAUCCGAUUUCAUACAGUUACGAGGCUGUCUUGACGAACGAAUUCGCCGGCCGUACCAUGCAGUGUUCGCCAUCACAGCUCUUCCACAAGGUCCGAACGCUGUCAAGCAACUUCGAGUUCACACGCUCACACCUGUGGCGCAACUUUGGUGUCGUGAUCGCUUUCACCGUUCUCUACCUCCUUGUCACUGUCUGGGCUGCCGAAUUCCUGUCCUUCGUCGGAGGCGGCGAUGGCGCAUUGGUUUUCAAGAAGUCCAAGCGCUCGAAGGCCAUUGCUUCGCAAGGCAAGACGAACGAUGAGGAGAAGGUAGGACAGUCAGCUGAUGACGCUGCCAUCUCCCGGGGCGAGGCUACUACUGCUCCCGCUGCCGAUGCUGCUUUCAACCGUUUGUCUUCGAGCGAGCGCUGCUUCACCUGGUCUGAUGUUGAAUAUACUGUCCCCUACGGUGGUGGAACCCGGCAGCUUUUGAACAAGGUGAAUGGAUACGCCAAGCCUGGACUCAUGAUCGCCCUCAUGGGUGCCUCGGGUGCCGGAAAGACCACACUGCUCAACACCUUGGCCCAGCGCCAGAAAAUGGGUGUUGUCAAGGGUGAUAUGCUCGUUGACGGCCAUCCUCUUGGUACUGAUUUCCAGCGUGGGACUGGAUUCUGUGAGCAAAUGGAUUUGCACGACGGCAGUUCCACUAUUCGCGAAGCUCUGGAGUUCUCGGCCCUUCUCCGUCAAGACCGAAAUAUCCCGCAUGAUGAGAAGAUUGCUUACGUUGAUCGGAUUAUUGACCUGCUCGAACUGGAAGAGAUUCAAGAUGCUCUUAUCGGCUCUUUGAACGUUGAGCAGAAGAAACGUGUUACUAUCGGUGUCGAAUUGGCUGCUAAGCCUAGUCUGUUGCUGUUCCUUGACGAGCCAACCAGUGGUCUUGACAGCCAGGCUGCAUUCUCCAUUGUUCGAUUCUUGCGGAAGCUGUCCGACGCUGGGCAGGCUAUUGUUUGCACUAUUCACCAGCCUUCCUCGAUGUUGGUUCAACAAUUCGACAUGAUUCUGGCCCUUAACCCUGGUGGCAACACCUUCUACUUUGGUCCGGUUGGCAAGGACGGCUCCGCUGUCAUCAAGUACUUUGCCGACCGUGGUUUCGUCUGCCCGCCUUCGAAAAACGUGGCUGAGUUUAUCCUGGAGACGGCCGCGAAGGGUACCGGGAAGGAUGGCGCGCGUGUCGACUGGAAUGAAGAAUGGCGCAACUCGGAGCAGAACCGCGCCGUUCUUGACGAAAUCGAACGGAUCAAAACUGAGCGCAGCAAGAUCCCCGUGGAAGAGUCUGGAGACGCAGUGCACGAGUUUGCCGCCCCAACUAUCCUGCAGACCAUUCUCCUGACCAAGCGUCUCUUCCUGCAGUACUGGCGCGAUCCUUCAUAUUACUAUGGAAAAAUAUUUACCAGUGUCAUCAUGGGCAUCUUCAAUGGUUUCACUUUCUGGCAACUGCCGAGCACAAUUUCCAGUAUGCAAAACCGGAUGUUCUCGGCCUUCCUGAUCAUCAUGCUUCCCCCGGUCAUCGUCAACUCCGUUGUCCCCAAGUUCUACACCAACCGCUCCCUCUGGGAAUUCCGCGAGUAUCCCUCCCGUAUCUACGGCUGGGUCGCCUUCUGCACAGCCAACGUCGUCUGCGAAAUCCCCGCCGCCAUCGUCACUUCGGUCAUCUACUACUUGCUAUGGUACUUCCCUGCCGGCCUCCCAUAUGAUUCCUCCGCGGCCGGCUACGUGUUCCUGAUGUCGAUGCUAUUUUUCCUUUUCAUGGCAUCCUGGGGUCAAUGGAUCACCGCCUUCGCGCCAUCCUUCACCGUUAUCUCCAACACCCUGCCCUUCUUCUUCACCAUGGUCUCUCUUUUCAACGGUAUCGUUCGUCCGUACUCUGACUACCCCGUCUUCUGGAAAUACUGGAUGUACUACGUCAACCCUAUCACCUGGUGGCUCCGCGGCGUGCUCUCUGCAACCCUGCCUUCUGUCAACCCUAUCCGCUGUGCCGCGGAUGAAACCACCCGCGUCACCCCUCCACCCGGCCAGUCCUGUGCCGAGUACGCGGGCAACUACAUCAAAGAGAUUGGUGCUGGGUACCUGAUGAGCUCGUCCCAACAGGGAGUCUGCGAAUACUGCCCCUAUAAGAACGGAACGGAGUACAUGGCCACUCUGAACGUGCACCCCGACGACAAAUGGCACUGCUUCGGCAUCUUCUUGGCCUACGUCAUCAUUAAUUGGAUCCUGGUCUACUUCCUGAUCUACACUGUUCGCGUUCGCGGCUGGACCUUCGGGUUUGGCCCGCUCUUUGGACUUUUUGGCUUGAUGAUCGAGCGCGUGAAGGGCCUUUUCAAGAAGAAGGAAGCACAACCGUGA